GAAUUGCUCUAAUUGUCAAUAAGGGGAAAAAAAAAAAAACUUGUCUUUCAGUUCUCCAUUGAAGCGCACUUCACGUUCUCCAUUGAAAUACUUGUAUCUCACAUUGAAGCAGCUUCUGAGAUGGGUUUUCUGAACAAAUGGUUUCAGGUUGUCUAGUGGUGCUGCCUCAAUGGGUGACAGUAUUACAGUCAGUCAUAACCUGAUACUUCAGCUUGUAGAUGGCGAUGACAAGUCAAAGAAAAAACCUAAGAAAAGUAAGCCAAAGGUACCUAGGGAGUCUCAGCAGUCACAGAAGAAAGUACCCCAGAAGCAGCUUCCUGACGAGCCUAAAGCUCAAAAAGACACUCCUGCUGCUGGUUGGCCUCUUCAACCCCCAUUCUUUUUGCCUGUGCCUCCAUCCCCAAAUCCAGAGCUAGAAGCUGUUCGAUCUGUUUUAAAGGAGAGUGAAGCUAUUUUGGAGAAAAUGCAGAAACAUGAGGAGAAUAUGCUGAAAGAAGUGACACAGAGAUCAAAGGAACUACAUGAGAAAGAAUUCAAGCUUCCUCAGCAGAAAUCUAUUGUCUGUCAGUGUGAGAGAGAUGCAUGCACAGCAUGUUACAAAGAACACACCACAGAAUCGCUCAAAUGCGCAAGUGUGGUCCAAAGGUAUCAAGACUGUGUACGAAGAGCAAAAAACCUUGGGAAAUUGCUUGGGUAAUUGAAUCAUUAUUGAGGACAUCUGCAUCUCAAGUUUGAUGUAAAUGUUAUUCCUGAGUUGACGACAAAACAUCAUGCCAUAAUAAGAUGUCAGUUUUGUACUUAAUUUUGAUUACUUGGUUCUCGAUCUUACAUUUUGCCCCAAUAGAAUCAUCAAAACGUUUACAGUCGGGUCAGCUAUAAAUGGCUAAACAUCGUACUUGCUGGCAUGGAUCAAGGGAUUUGUUUUGAGGAUUGCCUUAAUGAUUUAUUUAACACACUAAUGUUUGAGUUUUUUGUCCU